AACAUGGCGUCCUUAGAUGUCCACGUCCGAAUAUGUGAACAAGAAAUACUCAAAUAUGACUUGGAAAUCAAAGCUCUCAUCCAGGAUAUUAAUGAGUGCACAGGUCCUCAGAGCAAGCUGACAGAACUGAACGCAGAUGUGAAAAAGAGUUUCCACAAUCUCAGACUGCGAAUUCAGGACUUAGAGCAGAUGGCGAUGGAGCAAGACAAAGAGUCUGACAAGCAAACUUUGAUCAGUCAGGUAGAGGGACACAAGAAACAGAUGCUGAGUAACCAGACAGCUUGGAGGAAAGCCAACCUUGCCAGCAAAUUGUCCAUAGACAAUAUGGAAAAGCAGGCACUUCUUAACGGAGCAGAUAGUACUGUGAGACAGAGGAAAAUGACCAAAGAGGGCCUGGCCCAGACAACCAGUGACAUUACAGAAAAUCUUAUGAGCAUCAGCCGGAUGAUGGCCCAGCAGGUUCAACAGAGCGAGGAUACCAUGACAUCACUAGCAACCUCCUCAAGGACAAUCCAAGAGACCAAUGAGGAGUUCAAAACCAUGACGGGGACCAUCCAGCUCGGGAGGAAACUCAUCACCAAGUACAACCGCAGGGAGCUCACUGAUAAACUGCUCAUCUUCCUGGCAUUGGCUCUCUUCCUCGCCACAGUUCUCUACAUCCUUAAGAAGAGACUAUUCCCCUUCCUGUAGACCAGGUACCUCAGUGGAGCUCUCCCACAACCACAUACUACAGUACUUUCCAUAGUCAGCGCAAAUGAUUUAAACAGUUCUGAAUGCUGUGUGUCAUGUUACACACACAUUAUACAUUAGUGUCUGCUCAGAGGAAUGUGGUCUGCUCACUCCACUGAACUGUGACGCUUCUGAGGGUGAAAUAUUGUCCACAAAGAGGAAGAUAAGCCUCCGCACCUAUAGCUCCAUGCAGUGUUUUAUUUAUUUUAGUCUACAUUUUUUCAUCAAAGGGAAUCAGUGAUUCAAGAGGAUGUACUUGUGGUGGCACACAUUGUGUCAGAGGUUUUUCGUUAGUGAGACAGUAAUGCCGUGCAUUGCUUUCAAUCAAGCCAGACGAGGAACGAUGGACGACCCAUAGAAAUCUUUUUACACAUUCCUGUGAACCAUCCAGUACAGUUUUUCUUUUCAUAUUUACCAAUGAUGAGAAUGGUACCUAAAAACUGUAUUUGCUGGACCAGUUUGCUUCAGAUUUUUAGUGAAGAAUGCUGAUAAUGUGCCGAGAGCUGUAAAACUCAUGUCUAAGCAUGACACACAGUGAGUUCUCCUGUCGAAAGAAUCGGUUUAAGAUAAAACAAAAUAAAAAUAAAAUUUAAAAAUAACUCUCUAAGGAAAACAUUUCUGGAAAAAUCUAAUUUGAUUAUCAUAAAACAAAUACCACCGUAGAUAUCAGUUCAACAUGCUCUUACUGGCAUGAAUGCCAGUUAUGAAAACAAUAUUGACAAGGAGUUAAAAAAAAGUCGGGUAGGAUUGGGAGAAUGGACUCGUUUUAUAUAUUUGUCAGUAACUUCUGUUUUAAAGGUACUGUAUGUAACAUUCAGAAAAUCCUUGUUGAUGACACCGGUUGCUGCUAACUGCAGUCGCCGUCCUGUUGCUCAUGCUCGCACUCCUUAGGGUAGAAGUGAGCGAAGAUGCUGGGUGUCUGCCAAAACAUAUAAGUGACAUAUAAGACUGAACAUGAUUAACCAGCAUCAUGUUGAUAGAUGAGGUAACUGAAGUUAUACUGUUAUUAUAGUUUGACUAUAAACUAUAUUUGAGACCAUAGACUCUCCCUCCAGUGCUGACACAGUGCUAAAACAAAGUGUGGAGAUAGGUCUGGCUAUGCAAGGAUUUAUUAAACAUGAUAUUGUUGUCAGCUAGCUUGCUAGCACAAUAUAGGCUAGUGACGUUGAUCAAAUCCAUUUUCGUUGCAGUAUUCAUUCACUGCAUUUAUAUUAUAUGUCGGCGUUAGCUAGCUUGCCAGCUUUAUCAAUCUCUGUCAACCAAGAGGCUCAGCAAUGUCAGCAUAGUUAAAUUUGCUGGAUGAUAGCGCUAACGUUUAGUAUUUCCACACUUAAUCAUUGACGUGAUAGUUUCCAUCACAACUCUCAUUUCACUAAAUCAAUGCACUAAUGUUCAAUAAUCUUAAAGUAGCAUAAGUUAUAAACAGAUGAGAGGCGUGGGAUGAGUAAUGUUUGACUGGAGAUAAUGCACAUAAAAACUACAAAGUAAAGAACAGAUGUUUUGUUUUGUGCUGGAGGAACCAGUUGUUGACAUUAGGGGUCUCCAUUUCUAAGCUAAUAUUAGCAAUGUUGCACACUGUUGGCGCUGUACAGCAGUGGAAGAGAGGCACUGAGGGAGGGCACUCGGGGCGCAGCAUAAACACCACAUCUUUAGGAUUUUCCUCAAAAAAUUCAGCCCAAGUCCUUUACAUAGAAAACAGUUCACAGGCUGUUACAGGUGAGCAAGAAAGUUAGGGAAGGUCUUACCUUACAAUCCGUUCACACAUUAGCAUUAAAAAGUCAUUAAUACAUUAACCUUGCUUCACAUUCUUACAUAUAGUACCUUUAACCAUUCUGACAGUUUUCCUCUGAUAUCAUGAAGUCAUUGCACAAGUCAUGUACAUGUUUUUUGGGUAAUUGUUAUUUAUAACGAAAUACUGUAUAAUUACUGUAAGGUAUAAUCAUUAUUACAUUAUAAUGAUCUAAUUCUAUUUUUGAAAAUAGAAAUAUUUAAAUGUUUUUUUUAACUUUAUUAUGAUCCAGGCCCAUCUGCAUUCACUUGCUGUUUGUGUUUCACUAGCUCAGUAAUCAGAAUGGGUCUGUAUGUGCACUUAAAACUGUGCCUAUGUUUUAUUCAGUUGGCAUACAAGCCAAAAAAAACUUUAUUCAGUGUGAGAUUCAGAACACUCUCCUCCGUCUCUGCCCAUGUUAGCCUGUCUCUGCUGCGCAGCAGAAAAGCUCAGAAAAACAAUGAGCAGUCAUCACACUGGCAGAGAUAGAGCAGCAUGCAUCCCUGCCUUUCUUCAGAUAAGACCCGGAAAAGCAGAUUAUUCCGACCCGUUUCCCUCUCCCAUUCUAGUGUGAGUGGAGGUCGAGGGGGGAUAUUUUUAGGCUUGUGUGGCGCUGUUAUCUGACAUUGCCUUUUCAGCACCUCUGAGGAGAGGGUGACCAGAGGAGCUACAUGACCUUGCUACCCUCUCUGGAAUUGCCUGGCAUUGCCAUUAUGUUAAAUACAUGUAAAUGCUGUCAGUAUUGAUUAUCAAUAAACAUACAGUCU